AUGAGCCAGAAGGAUGCCAUCUCAGAGGAUCUGACAGCCCAGACCGCGGGGCUGAGCCUCUCCGAAACGACGACGACGACGACAAGGGUCAAGGUGCAGGUGGGGGAGACGGAGUACCUCGUGGACGUGAAGAAGAUCCCGUACUUUGCGUCGUUCCUGCGGUCCCAGCAGAGCGCGGGACAAUCACCGUCGCAAGAGAAGGUGGAGGAGGGGAAAGACGACGCGCCCGCGCCCGCGUCCGUGCCCAAGCACAACGCGAUCGCCUUCUUCGACGUGAUCAACUGCGGCGUGGAGAACGGGUUCCGGCAGUUCUUCCGGCGCAUGCCGGCCGUGCUCGCGGACUACCACGUGCUGUGCGAGACGCUCGACUUCCUCGGGAUCGACGUGCUGGGCGACACGCGCACCCUCAAAGAAAUCAUGAAGGACCUGAAGGCCGGGAAGAGCGACUGGGACGAGGAAUGGGACACGAGGGUGAGGGGGCGGAAGGAUGGGGCGAGGGACGCGGCGUUCCGGCUGCUGUACGUGGUCCUGAAGGGCGACGUGCUGGACAGCGCGAACGCGGCGUACAACAUGACGGUGUUCGUGGUGUCGCACUACAGCAUCUUUAAGUACCGCGCGAGGAAGAUGGUAAGGGAGGCGUUCGAGGAGAGGUUCGUGGUGUCGGAUAAGCAGCGCAGGGAGCUGGACAGGUGGCCCAAGGAUAGCUAUCAUGACUUGGGGGCUGUGGAUGAGACGACGGGGUUGGAGGAGUCGGAUCGGGAUGCUGAUUAUUAUUAUUAUUAUUCGGAUUACUCUGACUAG